AUGAGCAAGUCAUCUUCUACUUCAUUGACUCUAGUGUUUUUCUUAGUGGGUCUUUUCUCCCAAGAAAAUGGAGCAGCAGCCCUGAAUUUACUGAAGAAGGGGAGAGUUCCUGCAAUUAUAGCUUUUGGAGACUCCAUAGUUGAUCCAGGAAACAACAACUAUCUCACAACUAUAGUCAGGAGCAAUUUCCCACCUUAUGGGAGGGAUUUCAUAGGAGGAAAACCCACAGGGAGAUUUAGCAAUGGCAAGAUACCGACAGACUUAUUAGCUGAAGCAUUUGGUAUAAAGGACUUAUUACCUGCUUAUCUCGACCCAAAUCUGACGAUUCGCGACCUUCACACAGGCGUAAGUUUUGCCUCCGCUGGUUCUGGAUACGAUCCUCUCACGGCUAAACUUGUGUCGGUGUUAUCAUUAUCGGAUCAGCUCCACCUUUUUAAGGAUUACUUGAGAAAGAUUAAACAUGUUAUGGGAGAAGAAACAAUGGGAAGAAUACUGGCCAAAGGCAUAUUCAUAGUGUGUGCAGGAGGUGAUGACAUUGUGAAUACUUAUUUUCCCACUCUAUUUAGGAUAAUCGACCAUGAUAUACAUUCUUACACUGAUUUGAUGGUCAAAUCAGCUUCAAGUUUCUAUCAGUUCCCAGAUUCAGAGAAAGUCCAAUACAGGACAUCUUCAGAACCCUGCCAACUGCUAUUUGCUAACAAGAUACAGCAGAAAAGGCAGGAACUUCACAAACUUGGAGUUAGAAGGAUUGGAGUAUUUGGUGUUUCAACAAUGGGAUGUUUGCCAUCACAGAGAACAACACGUGGAGGCAUACAAAGAAAGUGUUCAGCUUCUGAAAAUCAAGCUUCACAGAUCUUCAAUUCCAAGCUCUCUUCAGAAAUAGAUGUUUUAAAUGAAAAUCUUGUAGAUCUCAAGCUCGUCUACUUUGAUUCCUACCACUCACUAUUACAUCUUGUGUCAAAUCCUUCUCAAUAUGGUAACAGUCCAUCACAAUAAUGAAUACAACAAAAUUUUCUCAUCUGUUGAGCUAUUUGGGAAUGAAUUACAGGAUAUGAAGUCGCAAAUAGAGGGUGUUGUGGCACAGGAACUAUAGAAGUCAGCUUUCUUUGUACGAGUUUGAACGAUCUGACUACGUGCCCAGAUGCCUCAAAGUUCAUAUUCUGGGAUAGCUACCACCCUACGGAGAAGACUUACAGGAUCCUU